AGCAAAAGCAAGGAGUGAAUUUUCAUUGGACAGUUUCUACGGUCAGGUCGUAAAAGAGGCAAAUUCGUCUUUAAAUGUCAGUAGAAUAAGUUCUUGCAGGUGAAAAAAAUGGAUGAAUUAUCGGUAGCUGAGGUUAUUUUAGUUUUGAAGCCGCUAUGCGAUUCGUUUGACCAAGAGCCCAGUCCUGAGAAGGCCGAACAAAUUGCUAAACUGAUAAGCAAAAUGUCCAGUAAUACAGCCCUUUUUAAGCAUGUCAAUAUUCUCCUGCCUCUGACAUUUCACUUACAAAAUGGUACCUUUGGGAAAGAUGAUAACAUAAAACUAAUUCAGGCCAUGAGGGCUGUUCUUAUAAAAAUCAGACUAGAUGAUUUAAAACUAUUUUUUAAAAUUUAUAGAUGCUUGCGCUCACAAAUUUCUGAUAAAGAUAAAUCUUUGUCUUUAAUAGAAGCUCACGAGGAGUUGAAAGAAAUAGCUAUCUUGUGUUUAAGAGAUCUGAUCAAGCACAGCUCGACAAGCAUCAUUGAACAGUUUUAUAUUAGACAAUAUGCUGCUUUAUUAAGCCAUGGAAUUUAUUUAUGUAUUUCUUUAGCUAGAUUAGAAAGAUCUAUCUCCCUCAGAAUACAUGCCAUAGAAACUGUCAUGGUUUUGUUACAAAUACAUGAUGAAGCUGACUCCCAUGAUACAGUUUUACGUAGCCAGAUUGCUGAUGUAAUUAUGUUGUGCUUGCCAGGAAUUGUUAAAGGUUUGCUAGAUAUCGCCCUUGGACAUGAUACUCAAAAUCAUAAAAUCACUAUGAUAGCGAUUAGAGCGUGGAGCCGAGUAACAGCAUUAGUGAUGCGUGACAUUCCAGAAGAAGAAAGUUCUACAAAAACUUUAAUAACAAAGGACAUUUUUGUUACAAAAAAUGUUAAAGAAUUUGAAGCAAUGAAGAACAUUUUGGAAAAUACAAAAAGAACUUCAGAGUGGUAUACUACAGCAUGUCAAAAGUUUAAAAUUGUAUUUCAAGACUUAGAUAUAUUGACAAAGCAUUCAAAUUUUAAAGUUAGACAAGAGCUUUCCAUUGGAGUCAGCCAUAUACUGUUAAGUUGCUGUAAAAAUAUGAAGCUAUGCUUCCAAACACUUCUAGAAAUUUUAAUGAUACUAUCAGUAGAUGAAAAUAAACAAGUUGCCAACUAUACAAGAAAAGUUUUGAAAGAGAUUCAAGAGAAAUGUUUUCUAGAUGAAACAAUGAAAUGUACUGUUGAAAUUUUAGAAGACAAUUUUUAUGACUUAUUGACAAAAAUGCCAAGAAUCAUUAGGACCUCUGGUGAAACCUUACAAUUAGUUUGGUUAAAUCGAUUAACUGGAUAUUUGAAAUUUCUGGAUAAACAACGAUUGUCCGUGAUCUUGCUUUCAUCGGCACAUUUACGAAAGUUAUUAUUAACGCUUGUCAGUAUAGCUGAACUUGAUUGUAGUAAUGUUUCGUUGCUGGAAGAUACGACUACAACAAAUUUCGACGAAACUGUACAUUGUCAAAAUACUGAGUCUUGGAAACAGUUUAAAUUUUUAUUUCAUGAUACUACGAUUGCAAAGUUUUAUGAUGUUUUGAAAUGCAUCGGAGAGUUGGGAGAUACCAAAAUACUAGUUGACAGCAUUUUGAAAAUGACACUAGAUCUACCAGAAUUAAAAAAAGAAUUUGUUUUAAUGUUAAAUACUAUUUUAGAAGUUUUUACAGAUUGUACAGAACGAAAGUUGAUUUGCCAACAAGUUAUUGAACACUAUGUAGCAUCAGAUUUUUGGAACCAGCCCACAAAAAUAUCAGAUGAAGUAAACCUUCCAACAGCUCAACAUAACAUAGUGUCCUCUUGUCUUCUUCUUGAAGGUCUUGGAAUAACGGCAAAAGUUUUGCAAGAUGAUUAUCAACAGUUUCUGUUAAAAUCAUUAUACCUUAUCAUUGAAAAAGCUGGUAGUGAAUAUUACUUAAUGCGGUUGAUAGGACUUGAAACUCUUAAAACAAUUGCGAAAUCGCUAAAGCAGGACUCAAUAGAAAAUUUAUUUCAAAACAACGUCGACUACAUAUCGUAUCAUAUAACUAUGAAGCUUCAUCGUAUAGACAGAUAUCCAAGAGUUUUAGAUGUAGUCGGAGUUGUUACAAAUUACAGCACAAUCGAUUUCUUGCCUCAUUUGAAGAGCAUAGUUGAUGAUUUACUCAGAGAAUCAAGUGCUAAUAUUCAGAAACGCAACGCUCAGUCUUUUAUCAGAGUUUUUUACGCAUUCGUGAUGUGCGUAAAAAGAUUAUCUACUAGUCAAGAUUUUACAGAAAAUAAUGAGUACUUUAAAGAUAUUAGGAAUUUAAGGGUAUCAGAAAAAAUUAUCAAUAAUUUUUUAGAGUACCGCAAUGCCAAGAAUGUUUCUACUUCAUAUGAAAAUGAGGAAAAAGUUGACAGUUUUGAAGAAUUAAAAAAUAAUUCAAAAGAAUACUUUCAAGAAUUUGACGCUCUAGAAGAAACAAAAGAAGUUGAAGUUUCCGGAUCUGUUAAAAUGGUUAAAGAUAUAAUGAAGAGAUGCUUGCACUUUGUACCAUCACAAGAUUUUACGGAAUCAUCUUUGGCAAUGUCAACAUUGACAGAAGGACUAUCAGUCUUGAAAAAUAUGGAAAACGAGUUACUGCCGAUAGUUCACGAAAUUUGGCAUCCACUGGUAGAUAGAUUUCAGAAUCCUAAUCCAAUUCUUGUAAAUCGCGCGUGGCAGUUGUUGUGCUGUCUUGCUCGAGUUGCAAAAGAUUUUAUAAGAUCCAGAACUUUAAAACAAAUUUUACCUGCACUUUCGAGCUUUUUAAAGAAAUCCAGUACAGAAAGUUAUAAAAAAGAUUCAGAAAGUACUUACAAGUUAACACAAAUAUUUAAAUUGCAAAAGGAAAUCUUAUCCAAACUAGGAAGGUUUGUUAAAGACUUGGAACUUCUUGAAAAAGAUACCUGGAAUAUUUUAAGUAUCACGGAAUCGUAUCUUGAUUUUCACCAGCAUUCAAAACUUCAGGAAUGUUGUGUAAAUAUGUACAAAGCCAUAGCCGAUUACGAUGUAGAUUUAGUCUGGAUUAAAUGUAUUGAUAUUUGGGAUCGACAUGUAGAGCCAGUAAUACUCGAAAAUAACCACAGUGUUUGGUAUUCAAUGGUGGAAAAUUGCGACAUCAAAAGUAAUUAUCGACAGAACGUAUUUACAAUUUCAAGUUAUGCACACUCUAAGUUGGAACUCUUGUGAUCAUUCAAUGUUCAUAAAAUUUUUAUAUUCAUUAAAGAACCUGUAU